UUGUGAUGACGUAUAAUACAUGCGCCUGUAUUGAUAACGGCAUUGUUAAUUAAAUAGAGAUUAAAUAGAGUGUGUGAAAAUAGGCAGUGCCACUAAUAAAAUACUACUCAACAAAUACCUUUUCAUUUACAACGUAUUUUAUAAACCAAUAAAAUCCCGAAAGGAAAAUCCUAAAUCAUUAUGCGCCUGCGCACAUGCGCACAACGGACGGUUCCGCUCACUUCCUUCCCUUCCAGUAGGAGCGUGGAGAAGAUGGCGGAGCAAAAGUCGAUGCCGAGUGAUCUUUAUAAAUGCGUAUAUUCAUUUCUGCUGGAGAACAAGUUCGCUAAGGCGGCUCAGCAGUUUAUGAAACAGACUAAAGUGACUCCAUUAGAUCAAAAUGAUGAGAGCCUCGUCAACAUCUAUAACUUCUGGGUGAAGUCUCCUGAAGCCAAGAAACGAAAGGCGCCUCCUAGCACAGCUAAAGGUACAAACGGACCUUCGGCCAAGAAAGCAAAAACCACUGCAGAGAGCUCCAGCAGCGAAGACUCUAGCAGUGAGGAUGAAGAAGCUGUUGCAAAACCAACUAAGGCAACCCCUGCAGCAGCUAAGGUGGUGCCUGCUAAAGCUGCAGCUGCUAAAGCUGCAUCCAGCAGCAGUGAAGACUCCAGUGACUCUGAGGAGGACAAGAAGGCUCCUGCAAAGACUACUGUGAAGUCUCCUGCUGCUACUCCCGCUGCAGCAAGAAAGAAAGACAGCAGCUCUAGCAGUGAAGAAUCUGACUCUGAAGAUGAGCAGCCUGCUAAAGUCCCAACACCAAAGCCCAAGGCUGGUGCAGUCACAGCAUCCAAACCAGCUGUUCCUGCUAAAGGCGCAGCUCAGAAAAAGCAGGAGAGCAGCAGUGAGGAUAGUUCCUCAGAUUCUGAAGAUGAAAAACCAGCCAAGGCUCCAGCUAAAGCAGCUAAAGCGGCUCCAGCUAAAGCGGCUCCAGCUAAAGCAGCUAAAGCAGCUCCAGCUAAAGCGGCUCCAGCUAAAGCAGCUAAAGCAGCUCCAGCUAAAGCGGCUCCUGCUAAAGCGGCUCCAGUAAAGGCAGCUGCUGCUGAAUCAAGCAGUGAAGACUCUUCAUCUGAAGAUGAGGCUCCGCCCAGCAAAAAACCCAAAGCAGGAGCGUACAGUGCAGUCCCACCUCCUGCUUCAGUCCAGAAAGCUCCAGCUACACCAGCAGCCAGCAAGGCCAAGGACAGUGACUCCUCAGACAGCAGUGAUGAGGAAGAAGAGAAGAAAGUAGCUGCAAAGCCUGCACCUGCGAAGGCAGCUGCUGCCAAACCAACUGCAAAGAAGCAGGAGCCCAGCUCUGACAGCUCAGAUUCAAGCUCGGAUGAAGAGGCGGCAAAGACUCCUGCAGUCAAAGUCACUCCAGCUAAAGCUGCACCUUCAGUCAAAGUCACCCCAGCUAAAGCUGCACCUUCAGUCAAAGUCACCCUAGCUAAAGCUGCACCUGCUAAAGAGGAAGACUCAGACUCAUCCAGUUCAGAGGACGAAGAGGAGGUGAAAAAACCUGCAGGGAAGGUGACUCCCGCUAAGACUGGUCCAGCUAAACCUGUUACUGCUAAAGUCACAGCUGCUAAAAAAGACUCCAGUUCAGAGGACGAUUCCAGUUCAGAGGAGGAGACGGCAAAAAAGCCAGCAGCAAAACCUGCACCUGCCAAGACGACCCCAGCUAAAAAAGCAGAGUCCUCAAGCUCAGAUAGCAGCUCUGAAGAUGAGGCUCCAACAAAGCCUGCCGUUAAAGCUGCUGUCACACCGACACCUGCUUCUAAACCCCCCGCCAAGGCAGCUGAGAGCAGCUCUGAUUCAGAUGACUCCUCUGAGGAUGAGAAAAAAACGGUAAAAGCCAAGCCAGCAGCUAAGCCUUCUACUCCUGCGGCAAAGCCUGCUGCUCCUGCAGCAGAAAGCAGCUCAGACUCUGACUCUUCUGAGGAUGAUGAAGAGUCAGCUAAGGCUAAGCCAACAGCAGUUAAACCAGCUGCAAAGCCUGCUACUCCUGCCGCAAAGCCUGCCGCUGCAGCCGAGAGCAGCUCAGAUUCUGACUCUUCUGAAGAUGAAGAACCAGCUAAGGCUAAACCUGCAGCAGCUAAACCAUCUACACCGGCUUCAAAACCUGCUACUCCUGCAGCAAAGCCUGCUGCUGCAGCAGAGAGCAGUUCUGACUCCUCUUCUGAAGAUGAGGAACCAGCUAAGGCUAAACCUGCUACGCCAGCCUCAAAACCUGCUACUCCGGCAGCAAAGCCUGCUGCGGCAGCAGAGAGCAGUUCUGACUCUUCUUCUGAAGAUGAGGAACCAGCUAAGGCUAAACCUGCAGCCGCUAAACCGGCCUCAAAACCUGCUACUCCUGCAGCAAAGCCUGCUGCUGCAGCAGAGAGCAGUUCUGACUCCUCUUCUGAAGAUGAGGAACCAGCUAAGGCUAAACCUGCUACGCCAGCCUCAAAACCUGCUACUCCGGCAGCAAAGCCUGCUGCUGCGGCAGCAGAGAGCAGUUCUGACUCUUCUUCUGAAGAUGAGGAACCAGCUAAGGCUAAACCUGCAGCCGCUAAACCGGCCUCAAAACCUGCUACUCCGGCAGCAAAGCCUGCUGCUGCAGCAGAGAGCAGUUCUGACUCUUCUUCUGAAGAUGAGGAACCAGCUAAGGCUAAACCUGCAGCAGCUAAACCUGCUACGCCAGCCUCAAAACCUGCUACUCCUGCAGCAAAGCCUGCUGCUGCAGCAGAGAGCAGCUCAGACUCUGACUCCUCUGAGGAUGAGAAGGAACCAGUGAAAGCAAAGCCGGCAGCAGCAGCAGCAGCUAAACCAACCACCCCGGUUGCAAAGCCUGUCGCAGACAGCAGCUCUGACUCGGACAGCGACAGCUCAGAGUCUGAGAAUGAGGCAGCAAAACCUGCAGUCAAGAAACGAGCUCCGGCAGCAGCAGCCCCUGCUAGCACGCCCAAAACCACAAAGGCAGCUGCAGCUCCAACAAAGAAGGCUGAGGAGAGCAGCUCCGACUCCUCGGACAGCUCUGACUCAGAGACUGAGACAAAGUCCACCCCUGCGAAGCCUGCAGUCACCAAUGGUAAGUCAGCAACUCCCAAGGCCCCAGCAAAGCCAGCAGAGUCGUCAUCUAGCGACAGCAGCUCUGAAGAGGAAGAAGAGGCCAGUAAAAGUACUGUAAAGCCCGCUGCAACACCCGCUGCAACACCCAAGACAACCCCAGCAGCUAAACCUAAAGAGAACAGCAGCAGCUCCUCAGACAGUUCAUCAGAUGAGGAGGCACCGCGCAAAGCAGCCACAGCACCUACCACCCCCACAACAAAUGGUACCAAUGGAAAGAGGAAAAAAGAUGAAGAAUCAUCAGAAAGUGAAGAAGACGAGACCGAAGUGAAGACGCCGAAAAACAAGAAAGCACCAACUACACCACAGACGUUUCCUAAAGUCAAUAAGAAGUCUUCCAACGUACCAUUCCGUAGAAUAAGGGAGGAAGACGUAUCGGUGGAUCCACGUCUCACAGACAACUCUUUUGAUGCAAAGUACGGAGCUGAUGGAGACUGGGGCCAGAAAGCGAACGAUGCGCUCAGGUUCACAAAGGGCAAGUCAUUCCGCCAUGAAAAGACGAAGAAGAAGAGGGGAAGCUACCGCGGCGGAGCCAUCUCCACCUCAGUCAACUCUAUUAAGUUCGACAGUGACUGAGGACUUUCUCUCUCUGAACUUUACUGUUCCUACGUGAUGAGGACUAUUCAAUGCCUGUCCCCCCCCCCCCCCCCUCUGUUAACAGUCCCUCUAUCGUCACUACCCAGCAGCACACUGACGGGAAUGUGACCUGUAAAGCUGAGCUGCCGCUCGCUUUUAGUUAACUUCCCAUAGUUUGUAAUGGAGAGUAUUUGUAUCUCUGAUCUGAAGUUAGGAGGCUGUGGCAGCAGGAGAAAGAUGUUCCCAGCUGUGGCUUCCAACUGUACUGCUAAAGGGUGACGUCCAUGUGACAUUACCACUUAUAGCCACUAGGUGGCUGCAGGCCACCUGUUCAUGGUAAAACGUCAAUAUGUGUUGUUGGGCCCCUUUUUUCUGCUUGUUUUGACUUCGUUAACUUGUACUUUAUUCUCAAUUUCUCAUUUAUCUAUGUAUGAAUGACAGCCAUACAUCCCAACAGGUUCUUUAUAGUAUGUUAAAAGACUGGUAUUGAUUUUUUUUUUUUUUUUUUUUAAUGGAUAUCAUGUCUUCUUCAAGUUUGUUAGUCAAAUUUUCUUUGGCCACAUUUAAAAGUGGAGACGGUGUCAGCUCUAGGUUCUUUCCUCUUUACAUUACACAUAUUUGGAACGUAAGACUGAGUUUUAUACUAUGUAUUUAUUAAGUUUUAUUCCAUUUGAAUGUGCAGGACCUCAGAUGUCUUUUCCAUGAUAUAACUUCAGCCAUUUUGCUUUGAAACAAUCGUUUCUUCUAAUGUUGGGAUACCCCUGCCUAAUCUUUCUGUCAGUGGUAUCAAAUGUAUUAUGCACCCACUUAAUUGAGAGCCAUGUUUGUUUCAAUUAUUUGAAUUUACUGUAACUUUUGAGAACUUCUUGUUUUUUAAAUUCUUGUAGCGGUAAUAAAAGACUUAGAAAAAUAUUAAUUAUUUGUGUGAUUUGGACUCGACACUUUUUUUAAAAACUCUUCCCUUCAAAUAAUACUCCUAAUUUGUACUCAGUUUCUCAUUGAGCUGUGUUUAUACUAGGCAUCUACAAAUUACAAGCUGCUUUGUCCAUCUAUUGUUACAAAUCAUGCAAGUCUA